UAUUAGAAAUAUGAUAAUAAUAAUAAUUCUAUUUAACAUUCAUCACAGUUACAAAUUGUAACUUGCGAAAAAGUCAGAUACAUAUACAACUUUUCCAGUCUGAUUGGCCUCCUGUCCAAUCGAUUGAACGUCAUCAUAUCAUAUAUCACAUAAGAUAACAUUCAAUUACAAUUAAAAUCACACUCUCGGUAUAAUUAAUAUAUAUUAGUUGCAAUCAAAUUUAUGACUACCUUCCAUUAUAAAAAACAAGGUCAUCUUACUACAUAUAUCUUAAUUACCAUGCUAUAUCACUAGGAUUCUUGCAAAUCAAUUCAUUUGCCACCCACAAAUCAUAAUGUGUGAUAAAAUAAAGUUUCAAGGUUAUGAAAGAUUCUGCAUUUCCUUGCAACGGGAAUGCCGAGAAUUGUGCUACAGAGAGCUGAAGAAACAUUUCCUGCUGUGACAGAAAGGAUGAACUGUACAAAUUCAGAGAAGGUUUUAGUGGGUCCAUAUGGUGAGACAUACCCAGCACGUCAUGAUGCAAACCAGGCCAUGAAUAUAAAAGCUGAGGAAGUCUCAGACUCACAAGAGGAAGUGGAUCCUGUGCAAGUAACCGUUCAGGAAGUAAAGGCUGAAACUGAGGUUUCAAGGUUACAAAGGAUUCUGCAUUCUCCAGCAACAAAAGUGGCAAGAAUUGUAUUGCAGAGAGCUGAAGAAAAGUUUCCUGCUAUGAGAGAAGGGAUGAACUGUAGAAAUUCGGAGAACGCUGUAGUGGGUCCGUAUGGUGAGACGUACCCAACACCUCGUGAUGCAAAUCAGGCCAUGAAUGUAAAAGCUGAGGCAGUCUCAGAUGCAGAAGAGGAAGAGGAUCCUGUCCUAAUAACAUUUCCAAAAAUAAAGGCUGAACCUGAGGAUGGUAUCCUAGUCCCCUCCAUUGCCUAUCCUAGGUGGGAUGGAAAUGGCGAUCUUCGGAAGCAACCCCCCCCCCACAGCGUCAACAAUCCGCCAGCCAACUCGUGUCGACUCGCAUCAAGUGAAAGCUCUCCCGGCUCCGGUGCUGUUGUCCGUGUGGGCCCUUUAUCGGACAGCGGCAGGAGCUAGUGAGGAAGAAAACAUCUUAUCGGUCAGCCAUGGAUGGCCGGAACGUUUGUGGAUCGAACACGUGUCUGCGCCGAGUGCACUGUAGGGCUAUACUCUGGACUCCUUGUCAAAGAUGCCAAGCGUGUAGCUGGCAAAGUGAAGGGAGUGAGUAGGACCCCGAGGAGCCCUAUACGAUGAAGGGACUUCUAUUUCGGCAUGUGUCUUCGGAGGAUUUAGGGCGGAAACUGGACACACUGUGGGGGUGAUAUAAAUAGAGCAUUGGAACUCUUGAGGAGCUCUGUGUGCGAGAGAUUAGAUGAGAGAUGCUCUUCGAGAAGGGGGGGAUAGUGAGCCGUGCUAAGCUUUAGCUCGCUCACGAUGACAUCAUCAUCUUUCCUGUCACAGUUCCAUCCCCACUAUGCGGGAUCCUGACAUAGUCACGUGGUCCCAGGUACCCUCUUGUGAAGGGGAGACUUGUGCAGUGCAGUCGUUUAGACCAAGUCGACUUCGAAGGUUGUUUACUAGCCAGCAGGUUUGUGGUGGAAAAGAUUGCUUUCGGCUGGGGCGGUUCUAAAUUCCCUUUGGUGUUAUCUGCUGGCCGGUAAGGACUGCCUGCGGUCGCGAACCGUUACUUGAACGCUUGCGACGCGUGUAUUAGAUUUUUGGUUUGGGGUUUUUUUUUGUCUUAGAAUUUAGACUUGAGUUUAGAUGGCAGGAGUGCUUAACGCCUGAUAUUUCUAGCGUCGACACAAGGGGUGCCGACGGGAAAUUGGUUGUCUGUGUUUUUUUGGUCAAAGGUGUCUUUUGGUUAUUUAUGUAUUGUAUAUUUUGUUAUUAAAAUUGUAUUGUUGUAUCUUA